CGAAUAUUUUUUGAGAUCUGCUCAUGAAUGCAAGCUUACGACUUUUAACAAAAUGUAUUAUACAGGUGGCAAAGAGGCGUUUACGGGUGAGGAUAGCAACGAUAGUUUCCUGGAUAAGUUCGAUAUAUUAGAAUACGGAUUACAGGAUGAUUUUGUAGAGCGUUAUAAUCUUUCAGUGCUUGUACAUCACCUUUUCAUGCCAAAGCUCGAUGUUAGUAUGUGCAGGAAGGGACUCAAUGAAUACAUCAAGAUGUUUAGGCAACCUCUUAAGGAAGCUUUUGCUGUGUCAAGUGGAAACAAAGGCAUCCUCUGGCGUACUGUCUUACAAUUGGUCUGCGUGAUUAUGGCGCUUCAGGAGCGGGAAGAGGGCGAAAAUAUAGCCAACCUACACCCGCCAGACAUUAUCGAGGAAGCAUGGAGCGCUGAUGGAGAGGAGCAAUCGCAAUGUCCUGCUGCACGGAUACAGAACGCAGUUGUGAGUUUACUAAAUGAUAUCGCAUCGCGCGCAGCCAAGGACAGCCUUCGACUUUAUGGAUUGUAUCAAAAUACACUUCUAUUGCUACUCCCUCAGCUCAGAAUUCGUUUUCAAUCUCUAGAGGAGCCAAGUGAUAAGAAAUUGGUACAGGGUCUUCUUGAUCUGCGAGCGAAGGAAAUGCCCACAUCGAGUGAUUACAACAGUGAUGAACUUAAGGAACUGGAUGUUCACUGGUUUAUGAAAGGCCCUGCUCAGGAGCUAGACAAUCAUAAAGGCAGAGAUGAUGAUCAAUAUGGGAAGGAACCGACAUUGCUAUCUCAGUCACAAUCGCAUCAUUUACAGCAAUCUUCAUCCUCGGUGCCAGAUCUCUCAAAUAAUGGACAAAAUGGCCAUGAUGCUCACAGAGAAGUGGAGGUGGAGCAAAGUGUCGAAAGUACGGUGCAAGGUCUAGAGAACAAUAGGACCGAUCGAGAAUAUGACUAUACCUAUAAAACUCAAGGUUCUUCGGAAAUUCCUCAUCAAUCUAACAAUGUAGCUUCUGCCAAGGAAACUUAUAUAUUAAUCGAAAGCGAUGACGAGAAUGACGAAUCUAACACAGCGGCAUUGCCAAUAAAUCGUGAGGAUACAGAUGAUGCAUUGCUUCUCAAGUCACAAAGUAAUGUUUCAAAAGAGGAUGAGCAGCCCACUGAAGAGGCUGUCCGUAUUUCGAAUUGGCUCAGAGACUUGCCAGGAUAUGUGAAUGGAUUCCUCGAAGAAGAAGCAAGUGUUUUAGAGGCUUCAAAUACUUCUAAUGAACCAGGCAAAUCUUCCAUUGUAAAGGUGGAUAAGGGCAAAGGUAGAAAGCUCUCAUCUGACAGGUCAAGCAAUGACAAUACAACGUGGUACAGCAUUGGCGAAGGAGAUUUUUUUGAGUCUGAUACGGUAAUGCAUAGCUCCACAUCAAAGCAGGAAGAAACAGCGCCUAAGAAAAUAAGACGAUCUCGAUCAUCAUCAACAUCGUCAUCACUAUCGUUACUACCAAGGUCACCAAUGCGCUCAUCAACGAAAGUUUCCAAACCUCAACAUAUAAUAGACCGAGUGGCUAGAGCUGCAGGAAUGUCAUCUGUGAGACAUAGAUUAGACAGUGACUCAGAGUUUGAAGAUGAUGGUGAUGAUCUCUCAUAUAUCAAAAUGAGGAAACCAGCAACAGUAACUUCAAGCUCUACUACUUCUUUACUUCCGGUAUCGAAUGGAUCAUUGCAUAACCAGGAAAGGCUCAACAAUAAUGCAAAGCCCAACAACAAACAUGUUUUAUCCGGUGUAUCAUGGUCGCCUUCACCAGUCCGCGACGAGAAUGAUGAUACGAAUGGCAACAAAAGCGCUCACUCACGCGCUGAAAUAGAUGCAGUGCAACGAUUGCAAAAUCGGCAGCAGCAACACUCUCCGUUGCUUGAUAAUACUACCGCUGCUACUGCUCAAGGGACCUCCAAUAAGAAAGCGCGCAGAGAAAAUCGCCACUGGACACAGCAAGAAGUGGAUCGCCUGCUGGAAUUGGUACCAAUGUUUCAACAUGAUCCUCACAUAUCCAAGGGCAUUGUAGGUAGACGUCCUCGUACAAUCAAAUGGAGCCAAUUGAAACGCUACGACAAGUUGCAUGGAAAUAUCUUGCAGCAUCGGACUGAGGUUAUGCUCAAGGAUAAGUACCGCGAAAAAACAGAUAAUGGGGCACAUAGAGGGCGUGUCAACGAAUUGUUACAAACCAAAUCGCAUGCUACUCCAAAACAUAAAUUCCCAUCUCCAGAUCGCCGCAUAUUGUAAGAUCAUCGAUAUCCGCAGAUAAAGAAUCAAUCGUGUCAUACAUAUACAAUCUACAGCCGCAUUAUUGUGUCAGUGUAAUACACUACAUCUUUCACAGUUCUCGAUCAUAUUUCUCAAAUAUCCAAAUGAGUAUACU